AUGACAAAAGAAAUACAGUCUCUCAUCUUUCUUUCAAGCAAUAAAGAAAAUAAUGAUGGUCUUAAAGACAGUUCAGAUAAACCUUUCUUUUUCCUUCGGUUCUUCCUUUAUAUAUUUCUAUCACCUUCCUAUCUAUCUAUCUUUCUCUUCUCUUCAAUUCUAAUUGCUUUUUCCUUCCUACAUUUCUUCCUUUUUUUCCUCUAUAACUUUCUCUCCUCUUUCUUCGUUUUUCCUUCCCUUCUUCCUUCCUUUCUUUCUUCAUAUCUAUCUAUCUAUCUAUCUAUCUAUCUAUCUAUCUAUCUAUCUAUCUAUCUUUGUUUCUUUCUUGUUCAGUCUGUUCCUAUCUAUCUAUCUAUCUAUCUAUCUAUCUAUCUAUCUAUCUAUCUAUCUAUCUAUCUUUGUUUCUUUCUUGUUCAGUCUGUUCCUAUCUAUCUAUCUAUCUAUCUAUCACACUGA